AACUUGAGCUCUUUUCAAGAAAGCCCGACUCUCUCUCCUCCACUCGUCUUCGACUCACCACCGCAACGAUGCCUUACAACAAGACAGACGAGCUUGCCAUCAACACCAUCCGGUAUGUGUCCGUCGAUGCCACGUUCGCCGCCAACUCGGGCCACCCGGGCGCGCCCAUGGGCAUGGCCCCAGUGGCCCAUGUGCUGUUCAACAAAUUCAUGACCUUCAACCCAAAGAACCCCAAGUGGCUGAACCGCGACCGCUUCGUGCUCUCCAACGGCCACGGAUGCAUGCUGCAGUAUGCUUUGCUGCACCUCUUCGGCUACGAUGUCACCAUCGACGACCUGAAGGCUUUCCGCCAGGUCGGCAGCAAGACGCCUGGCCACCCAGAGUCCACCGACACACCCGGCAUUGAGGUGACAACUGGUCCUCUCGGACAAGGAUUCACCAACGCUGUUGGUCUUGCCAUUGGCCAGGCUCACACCGCCGCCGUCUUCAACAAGCCCGGAUACGAGCUUGUCAACAACUACACCUACACCUUCUUCGGCGAUGGAUGUGCCAUGGAGGGCAUUGCCAGCGAGGCCGCCUCCACUGCUGGUCACUUGCAGCUCGGCAAUCUGAUUGCCAUUUACGACGACAACCAUAUCUCCAUUGAUGGUGAUACCAAGUGCGCCUUCACCGAAGAUGUCACCAAGCGAUUCGAAUCCUACGGCUGGCACGUGCAGUGGGUCAAGGACGGCGACAAUGACCUCGAAGGCAUUGAGGCUGCCAUCAAGAAGGCCAAGGAGGUCAAGGACAAGCCAUCCAUGAUCCGAUUGACCACCACCAUCGGCUUCGGCUCCGUGCUCCAGGGAACUGGCGGUGUGCACGGAAACCCGUUGAAGGAGGAUGACUGCAAGCAGGUCAAGGAGAAGUUCGGUUUCGACCCAAGCAAGAGCUUCGCUGUCCCACAAGAGGUGUAUGAUGCAUACCACAAGCACGCCGCUGAGGGCGCUGCUGCUGAGCAGGAGUGGAACCAGCUGCUCGAGAAGUACUCCAACGAGCACAAGGAGCUGGCCGCUGACCUCAAGCGUCGUUUGACUGGCAAGCUCCCAGACGGCUGGCAGAACAAGCUCCCAGUAUACAAGCCUUCGGACAAGGCUGUCGCCUCGCGAAAGUUGUCCGAGUCCGUCCUCGAGGCCAUUUACGAGGCUGUACCAGAGCUUCUCUCUGGUUCCGCAGAUCUGACUGGAUCCAACAACACCCGCUGGAAGAGCGCCGUCGACUUCCAGCCCCCAAGCCUGGGCAUUGGUGACUAUAGCGGUCGCUACCUCCGCUAUGGUGUGCGCGAGCACGCUAUGGCUGGUAUCAUGAACGGUCUCGCGGCCUAUGGUACUCUCAUUCCAGCUGGUGGCACUUUCCUCAACUUCGUUUCAUACGCUGCUGGAUCUGUUCGUCUCUCUGCCCUGUCUCACCACCGAGUGAUCUACAUCGCCACACACGACUCCAUUGGUCUGGGAGAGGACGGCCCAACUCACCAGCCUAUUGAGACGCUUGCUCACUUCCGCGCUCUGCCAAACAUGAUGGUCUGGCGUCCAGCUGACGGAAACGAGACUUCUGCUGCAUACUACGUCGCCCUCACUUCGGAGAAGACCCCAUCCAUCCUCGCACUCACCCGCCAGAACCUGCCACAGCUCGAGGGUUCAACUAUCGAGAACGGCAUCAAGGGUGGUUACGUUGCAGUCGAGGCAGAGGGCGCUCAAAUCACUCUCGUGUCUACUGGUUCCGAGGUGUCUCUCUGUUUGGAGGCCGCCAAGUACCUGAAGGACAACAAGGGCGUCACUGCUCGUGUUGUCUCGAUGCCUUGCAUGGAAGUCUUCGACGCACAGCCAAAGGACUACAAGCUCAAGGUCAUUCCAGACGGCAUCCCAUCUCUUUCCGUCGAGGUCAUGAGCACUCUUGGCUGGGAGAAGUACUCGCACGAGCAAUUCGGUCUCAACCGAUUCGGUGCUUCCGGUCCUUACAAGGAGGUUUACGCCAAGUUUGAGUUCACUCCAGAGGGCAUUGCCAAGCGUGCUGUCGCCACCAUUGACUUCUACAAGGAAGUCAAGCCUCUCCGAUCUCCAUUGAACCGUGCUUUCCAGCAGCUCAUCUAGAUGCUUCACAAGAGCGAUGUAAGAGUUUGCGCUACCAUUAUGGGAAUGGCUAGCAGGAAGCGGAAUGCGUUUGACGAUUCGGGCUCGACGAGGAUAAAUGAAUAUACCUCUGUAGAUGAAAAUGUGUUAUGAUCUGAUGAAGAACUGUCUUAUUUCUGAUGAUUUCUACCGCACUUACUCGCAAGUGUGAUCUCGACGGUGCCAGCAGUUCCUGCAGCGUCCAGC